ACUAAUGUAGAGAUCAUGACUAAAGGCCUAUAUGACUGUAGUCAGCACAUUUCAGAGCUCUCGAGUCAUAAAUGAUGUCAGAUAAAUUUACACGCAGUCAUCAAAGUUUCCGUGGUGUCUUUGAUGAAAUCACUGCCUCGUUGACAAUUUGCUACGUAACUGCAAACGACAUUGUAUUUCAUUUUUGUUAAUCAGGCUUUUAAUAGCAGGACAAUUCACAAAAGAGAUUUACAAGCGAGGUCUUUCCAAUGUCUGAGAACACAACUUGGCUUUCCAUGUGCUGGCUCUUUCUCUUGGUUGGGCUUGGACUCUGUAUACAAAUGCUAUUAAUAGACCACUGGCUUAAUCUGGUUAUUAGAGGGACAGGGCUGUCAAUAUAAAUAUAGUCACAGAACAGCAAGAGAGAGCUUAUUAAUCACUACACAUAUUUCUGCAAAAUGACAAUGCAAAGAAUGUGUAAUCGGACACUAAAAUUGGACUGCCAAUAGGUGUCCUUGGGUGACACAAAGGAAGCUAUGACAUAAAAUGUAUUAUUAAAUACCAAUAGAAACAGCAUGAAAGGAGUUAAAGGAGUUGGUGAAUGCCUCAUCAGAAGAAAUUCAACCUAAGGCAAUCAUCACCAGACAAAUAGUGCUGCUUAUUGCAUAAAAUCGAUCUGCUCUUUCAAGAUCUGCUCUCAAUUUCCUCCUAAUAAUUUAAGACCCACGCAUCAAGUCUUUUCAAAAAUAAAAAGGAUUUACUUUGGCUUCUCCGCUAUAUUCUCAGCAAACGGUGGUAAAAAGCCUGGAUAAUGGCACGUUCACCGGCAGUGGGUAUAACAGUCUCGGAAUAAUCUAUGGCGUCUUCUCAGUCUCAAAUUUACUCGCACCAAUGGCGGUUACAGUCAUUGGCUCAAAGAUCUCCAUGUUUUUAAGUGGUCUGCUGUACAGUGGCUACAUUGCUGUCUUCAUCAUCCCUACCACAUGGUCCUUGUACUUCACCUCUGUUCUCAUCGGCAUGGGAGCAGCCAUGCUGUGGACAGCUCAAGGACUAUUUCUGGUGGAAAACUCAGAGGCCUCGACCAUCAACAGGAACACUGGGAUGUUCUGGGCUCUGCUGCAGUGCAGCAUGCUUUUUGGAAAUCUUUACAUUUACUUUGAGUGGACCGGGAAACCAGAUGUGUCAGACAACAGCAGAAAAAACAUCUUUCUGUCCCUGCUCGUCACCUCCGUUCUAGGCACGCUCAGUUUCCUUCUGCUGAGAAAGAGGCAACAAGAAGAGAUGUUGUCUGAAGAGGAGGGACAGUUGCUGCUCUCAAACCGCACAAUGUACAAACACAGAGCAAACGCAGCCCUGCAGGAUGCAAAGUCAGAAUUGAAAACUGUCCUCCAGCUUCUCAAGACAAAAAACAUACUGCUUCUGAGUCCCUGCAUGGCAUACAGUGGCCUGGAACUGUCUUUCUACAGCGGAGUGUACGGGACAUGUAUCGCAGCUACAGCAGAGUUCGGACAGGUGGCUAAAGGUUUGAUUGGCAUCUCUGGGAUCUUGGUAGGCAUCGGAGAAAUAGUGGGUGGAGGUUUGUUUGGGCUGCUGUUCAAGAACAACCACUUCAGACGGACCUCCGUGGUGUUCCUGGCGAUGGUCGUCCACUUUGUUGCUUUCUACUUGAUCUUUCUCAGCAUCCCCAACGAUGCCCCCGUCAUCUUUAAAUCCGACAUCCAACAGAACACAUACCUCACUCCAAGAGUAUCCAUUGCUCUGCUGUGCAGCUUCUUGCUCGGACUUGGGGACAGUUGUUUCAACACGCAGCUCUACAGCAUUUUAGGCCGUAUUUAUGCUGAACACAGCACGCCUGCUUUUGCCAUCUUCAAAUUCAUCCAGUCUGUUUUUGCAGCGGUGGCCUUUUUCUACAGUGGGUACGUGCUGCUGAUGUGGCAGCUGCUGCUGAUGGUGGUCCUGGGCUUCACUGGAACACUGUGCUUCUUCGUGGUGGAGAGGAUGCAGAACUUCUCAGCGGAUACGCAGGAGUAUUAGAGACGAGACCUCUUCACCUUUUUGUACGUUUGAAUUUUUUUGUUGUUUCAUUUUGCAAAUGGGAUUGGUUCGGAAGUAGUGAAAAAACAAAACAAAACAAAAAGCUGGAAUACUCAGAGACAGAGUUUUGUGACAGGUGUUCAACUGUAUCCUAAUUGCACUGACAGAGUUCGAAAACGACACAAUGGCCAAAUGUAGUACAACUGAGCUAAACCCGCAUUUAAAAAUUUAGUUUACUAACAAAAUGCCUUGAACGCAGCAUUCCUCAGCAGUGCAUUUGCCACUUUUCCUAGACUGAAGUUUCUUUUUCCUUUGGUAGUGAAGCUGCGGCACCGCGUGUUGUUUACAAGUCUGUGUUUUGAACGGCAGCCGCGAGACAGUGAUGACAAUGACUGUGAUCAUAGGCUGAGGAGCCGGUGUUUUAUCCUGCUCCCCCAUCUUAACAAAUCUGACCCAAUCGUAAACACACACACUGGAACUGAUGGGAGCCAGUAUAACAACACUGCCAACAGUUCCAGCACCACAGUAAUGAGCCUCACAACUGAAAACCAUUGGACUUUACACAGGUCAGUAUUGUGGGUUUUUUUUGUCUGGACUGACACAGACCAGAGGAAUGUGUCAGAUGUUGAUUCGUCAAAUUUGACGGUGAAAUUAAUUUCUGUCCGUCAGAACUUCACGAGCCUCAGUGGACACACUAAAGUUCAUAAAAAUGCACAUUUUUAUACCACUGCAGUUCAGAUAUAGUAAAACAUUCAUUUCAUCUUAUUAUAAUUUAAUGCUGAGGUCGAAGCCUUAAAAUGUAUAUUUUAUUUCCAUGUAUCGCUAUGCUGGCACAUUUCUUUGUUUUAGUGUACAACUUUAUUCUGUUUUUUUACAUCACAGUGUUUCUGGAAAAACAUGCGCAGGAGAAAUAAGCUAAAUGAUUUUACAGAAAUAAAUAACGCAAGAUAUUUUUUGUCCUAAACUGUGAUUGUUUUGUGAUAAAACAAGAUAAAAUAUAAGUAGGGAUGUUCGAUAUCCAAUAUGCUGUAUAAUAUGUUGUCUAAACACUUAAUUUCCGAUCCCGAUAUCAACCAGUAUCGAUAAAGGCCUGGUAAUAUUGGGUAUUUAAAUGUACAAACCACUGUAUGAGUUGCUGGCACCAGCAUUCUGCAUACAGUCCCCUGAUUAUUAAAAUAGGUUAAUAAAAUGAGCCACAAUGCUGCCAUCUUGUGACUUUCACCUUCAUCUACAGCCGUUUUUCCCCAAAACUAUUUUUAGGUCACACAUCAUUUGGCGAAACCCAGGCAUUGCGUUAUCGCGUUUUCAUUAUCAGAGGAACAACCAAUAACGAUUAUUACAGAAAUAUUACACAAUCACGCUAAUAUCAGGGCGAUAAUAUAGUUCAGCUGAUAUUAUCGGACAUCCCUAAUUGUACUGCAAAUAUGAUGUUGUCAAUCAGUAAUAUUCAGGUAUUAUAUACAGGGGGAUUCAUAAAAAUAAAGUCAGAACUGAUAUAAAAGAUUAAUUAAUUCAAUAUGAAAUAUUUUUAAAAAUUGUGUACAUUUCAUUCUCGGAGAAAUAAUUGCUACUAUUUUCUAUUGCACUCUCAGUGUGAGAUUUAUCUGCAUUGCUUGCAGCUCAGGUUUAUUCUGAUGUAAAAGUUUGUAAUAAAUAUACGAUGCUUCAGUUUACGGCUAACAAGUCAAAGUGUCAGUUUAUAUCUUAGACAGUUAUGAGAGAACGACUGUUUUUUUUGCAACAAUUUUUAUACCGUAGACGAUCGUCGUUACUUUUUUGGUAAAUGCUCUAUGAACUUCUUAAAGUCAGCGUUGUUACACGUCUUUAGGCAGCAUUUCACAAAUAAACUUUAGCGUUUGUUAAUCCU